CUUCUAUCAAUUACUUUCACUUUAGUUUAGUUGAUCUUUAAAGUUCACUCACUUCAAUAUAUAUAUAUAUAUACAUGUCGGAAAAGAUUUUAAACAACAAAUAAGAAAUAACAAGAUUGAGACAAUGUCGUUUCUACAGGCUGUGUGUGAAGGUGAUAUUGAAUUUAUCAGAGAAUACAUUGACAUUGGAAAAGACGUGUAUGUAAAGGAUCCGUUUGGAAAUACUGCGUUGCAUUUAUCAAUCAGUCCUGUAAUUUCUCAACUAUUACUGAAAUCAGGUGUUGAUCCAAAUGCACAAAACGACAAAUUGCAGACUCCGUUACAUUCCUGGCCAUUUAUAGUAGGAAAACGCGACCUCUUUUUUUCUAACGACAAAGAUCUUGUGGAUAUGUUGAAAAUUCUUCUCGAAGCUGGUGCUUCACCGAACAUCCAAGACAUAUAUGAAUAUUCUUCUCUUCAUGUUUUUUUUCUUUAUGGGACUCAGUUGGGAAAACCUCCUGCAAUACUAUCGGAGGUUUUACAGAUGUUGCUGGAUCAUGGAGCGGAGGUAAACAUUCCCGAUUACGAGGGUAGAACUCCAUUACAUCACGCUGUUAAAGAACAAACUAUUUUUGUGCAAAUGCUGUUAAAGGCAGGAUCAAUGUGUAACGUGCGUGACAAUUGUGGAACAACUCCUCAGCAACAUUUACUAUACUCUGAACAAUAUGACAUCAUCAAUCUGCUACUAGAUUACGAAGCAAACCCGAGUAUCCCUGAUAGAGAUGGCAGAACAAUUCUUUGUAACGCGGCAUCAGUCGGAAAUUAUAGUCUUAUCGAAGCAAUAUUACGCAAAGAUAAAACAUGUAUUAACACAUCAGAUCAAAAUGGUGUGACACCACUGCAUACUGCCGCGGCUUACAAGAGGGUAGAUGUUGUUGAACUUUUACUCGCUUACGAAGCAGACCCUAACACAAAAGAUAUCUUCAAUUCGACACCUUUACAUUACGCAUCGUACGGAGGUACACCUGAAAUUGUGUCUUUAUUGAUCGAAGCAGGCGCUGAUGAAAAUGCAAGAGAUGACUCAGGAGAACUACCAGAACAGCAUGCUAUGGUACGACAUUUUUACCAUACAGCUAAGAGGUUUGGAACGGGUUGUUUUAAAUCGGCUUUAAACAUACCAGAGGACGCUUCGGUGGAAGUUGAAGAUGAAAUAUUUCUAAAGAAUUCACCAAUCGAUGAUAUUUUCAAUGUUAUAUUACCGCAAUCUAAGAUUUUAAACGAUGCUUUUGACACAGGAAUAUUUCCGUCUGACUUUAUUCCAUACAUGAAAGCAGUUGCAAAUAAUAACAUGGAGUCGUAUUUGAAGAAUGUGCAUACUAUCCCUGGAAUAGGUAGCAUUCCAUUCAGUAAGGAAGUAAAGAAAAUGAAAGAAGCUGUGGAAUGUUUUAUCAUAAAGUGGGUUAGUAUUAUUGCAGAAAUAGAUGUUAGGUUUCAAGGUACAUUACUUCCGUCAGGUAGCAGUUACGAAAAUGCUAAAGUUGAGGACCCUUGCGAAUACGACUUCAUGAUAAUUCUCGAUAGAUUCCAACAUCAUUUCCACCCCGUUAUAUUAGAUUCAUCAACUUUUAAUGACAUCACAAUGAUGGAAAAUACAAGUUCUUCCCACCAAUAUGAAUUACAAAGCUUCUGUGUCGACGGAGAAUUAAAGAGCGGGAAAGUUUUGUCAGCAUUUGUAAUCACAGCUCGAAGGGCGUUAUCACAAAUGAGAUAUGAAUCAGGUUGCUCUCAAUUGUACGUGGAAAAUCUCACAGAGCACACAUAUAUAGAUGAUACAUUCAUUAACCCAAAUACAGUCACAUGCAACAUCAAACUUCAGUGGACAGGUCUGAAAGACAAGCAACUAACUAUAUCUGUCGAUUUAGUACCAGCUUUGUUUAUUAAAGAAUGGCCAAACGUUAUUGCUCUAAACCAAAGUGCCCUUAUCACAGAUAAAAUCAAAUCAAAUGGCUGUCAUCUCGUCUGUAAAGAAGGAAAAUGGAGAUUAUCUUUUUCCUUGGCAGAGCAGGCUAUUUUCAGAAGUUUAACUCAGGAAGAGAAUAAGGUGUAUACUGGAUCUAAAAUAAUACUUUUCGCUGGAGCGUCUGCAAUGAUAACUAUUUACGAUGACUCGGAUCUAUUUUCGGAGAAAAAGGAGGAAAGUCAAGAAGGAUCAGUUACAAGUUUAGACGAUGUUGUAAACGACAUUGAAGAUAGCAUUACUGAUACCCUACUAGAACCUCCUCCAAAUGUCACUCAAAUUGAAUCUAUUCCCGCCGAAAAUAAAGCACAUGGUGCCGAAGUAGAUGACACAUGCGUUGCUAUUAACCAAGGAAAAGAGGGCUUUACUUGUCCGAAAGUAUUGACAGAGGACAAUAUUUUUGACUGUUUUAUCGAAGAUGAUGACACUGCAAGCAGUUCUACUUCUUCGGAAAUCAAAACUGUUACAUUUCAACCAAAACAUAUGAUUGGUACCUAUUUAUUAAAGAUGACCUUCUUUCAUGUUCUAGAAGAGAGUCGAAGUUCAUCAAGGGAACACAACGUCACGUGCAAAGAUAUCUUUUCAAAAUUGAAGAAGUUCGCAAAAGAAGACAAAAUGCUUCCUUACUACUUUGUUCCAAAACAUGAUAUGCUAUCGUCCAUCAAAGGGGUGGAUAAAAUGAAAACUGAACUUAGUAUUUCCUUGAUAAACUAUAUUUUUGAUAGUAUUCCGUAAUUAUUCAUGCAUUGUUUUUUAUACAAGAGCUACGAACGUUCCUAAUUUUUAUAGACGGAGAAUGUUUGAAUUCUCUUAGUUUGGAUAUAAAAAAGAGAAAAAGAUGGAACCAAAGGUUAUUAACCAAUCUAUGAUAGAAAAUUUGCUGUAGAUUUUAUCAAAAGUGAACAAACAGUUUACAGGUUAACUAAGGUAUUUUUUAAAUCUUAGGUUACAAUGUUAUUUAUUUUGUUAACAAAUGUUUUCUGGUCUAAAUGUUAUCUUUACCGAACGUUUUAAUUUUAAAUUUUCUACCGUAAUAUUUACUGUUGUCGGCUACCGUAAUAAAUAAAAGGAUAUUAAGAUCAUGACUCACCCUCUUCUUAAAGAAUGUCUCAGGCUUGCGUAUAAUUCAUUGACAUCGUUC